AUGCCCAGUGACUCUGAAGAUAAGAGAAAAAGUGGCUAUGUAUCUCUCCUCUGUUCUGCUUCCUGUGCCUGCUCUGCCCCAGGUUGGCCUUCAUUCCAUGAUGUGAUCAGUUCUGAGGCAAUCACAUUUACAGAUGACUUUUCCUAUGGGAUGCACAGGGUGGAAACAAGCUGCUCUCAGUGUGGUGCUCACCUUGGGCACAUUUUUGAUGACGGACCUCGUCCAACUGGCAAAAGAUACUGCAUAAAUUCUGCUUCCUUGUCUUUCACACCUGCAGAUAGCAGCGGCACCGAAGAAGGUAGCGGGGCCGGCAGCCCAGCCCAGGCAGACAGAGCGGAGCUGUAGAGUAAUGGAGAGUGAAGGAAACAAAGUGUACUUAAUGCACAGCUUAUUAAAAAAAUUAAAAUUGUCUAUCUUAAUAGAUAUAUUUUUUCAAAAACUAUAAGAGCAGUUUUGUGCUAUUGAUGUUUUUCUUCUUUUGCUUAAACAGAGGCUCUGGCCAUCAAUGUAUUUUGCCGUUGACUAGCUCCAGAACUGUUUAUAGCUUUAGCAAAUGGAGAUAGCUUUGUGAAACUCCUUCACAAGCCCUUAUGUACCCUUUGGCAUUAUUUUCUUUGAGCACAUAACUUCUUUUGUGCUUUCUACCCACUUGCUUGGUCUUCAAACAUGAAAAUAGAGAUAUCUAUGCAAUGUAGACACCAGGGCUUGGAAUUGCAGGGCGUCGAGACCUGGUAGACAUAUGGCCUUAAGGCACCUGUACCUGCAGUAAAGGUGGAGUGAUGUCUUAUGAGACUUCUCAGCUUGAUGGAAAGUUUGAGCUAAGGUUGUUUUUUCUCACUAAAAGGGUGUGAAGGUCUAAAGUCUUUCCUUAUGUUAAAUUGUUGCCAGAUCUGAGGGAGCGCACCACGUGUUGUGGCAGAGAAGUAAACAUUACCUCAUGAUUAGGCCUUUAUUUUACUUUAUUUUAUUUUCCAUUGAAAACAGUGGAAAGUAAGACAACUGUAAAAUGUAGAGCCCCAUUUUGUCCAAAGUUCACAAAAAAGAUAUAAGUCCUUCUCUCCACACCUAACACCAUCUGCAGCUGGAUGGGAAUUUUGGUAAAGUUCGUUGUGUAAAAUAAAAUAUUGUGGACAACACACUUCAUCAAGGCAGUGGAAAUGAGAGAGCAAAGAAGACCAAGGAUGAAGUCUCCGGUACUAUAAACUCCAGUGCUGGGCAGAAAAGCUGACGGGAUACUACAAGUAACAGAAUCCGAAGCAGGGGACCUUGUGCACAAAGCAUCACAUGACCUCUGGAAAGAUGUUGGGGAUAAAAAUACAAAUAGCCGGGAGCUCAAGUUCCACACCUGACACUAAUCUGCUUUGUGACAAGGGACAAGCCAUUUAGCCUCUCUGUGCCUAUUUCUUCAUGUAUAAACUGGGACUCAUAAUUUUUGUAAAAUGUAUUGACACUCAGGGCAAAAUUACUAUAUUGCUAUAUAAUUAAGAUCAGUGUUGUAAAACUAAACUGAUCUGUUUCUUAUUGCCUCAAAGGCUGAAGCCCAGGUAUUUGAAAUGGAAAGAAGCAGAGAAGAGUUCAGCUUAGCUGAUUGGUAUGGAAACAGUUGGGCCAAGAGCCAGAAAUUUUCCUUUGUAGCAACGUGGCUGGUUUUACUUUGAGAAGCUGUGCUCAGUUGCUUUAUAACAUUUAGUCUGGUGGAGUGGAUGUCAUUUUGCACAAUAAUGUUUCACAAGUAUGAGCAAUAGUGAUAUAAGAUGAUAUUGCUGUAGCCAGGUGUGAAGGUACUGUGUGUGACUCAUAUAUAUUGUGUUUGUAACUUUGAAUGCUAAUCCUGAAAUGUGGUUUUAAAAAAUAUUAGUUUGUUAAGUCUUUGAAAACUUAUUAAUACUAAUGUCUUUUCUUGUAAGCACCAAGACAAAAAUAAGAGGGCACUUGACAACUUUAAAGAAACAAUGAAAAAUUAGAACGGAACUUUGACAAAUCAAAAUGUCAGUGUACCAUGUCUACAUUCUUAUGUGUCUCUACAGGCACCUCCAGUGAGGCCUUGACAUCCUGGCAACUUUUCAUUGUCAUGUAUGCUGCAACUUUGCAAUUUGAGAUAGUCACACUCUUAUCUGGAUGCUCAGAUAAGAAGUUCUCUGAGCAUCCAGAUUUAUCCUAGGCCCUGGGGUCACUCUGGAAUUUACAGGCUUCAACCCCCUCUAGAAAUAAGGUGUAAAACUGAAAACUAGAAAGGCCAUCAGCAUCCAGACCAUCCCAGAAGUCUUUUCCAGCCUCACAGAGGGAACCCCAACAUUUCCCAGUGAUCCAAGGAUCCCACUUGGGGGUGGCUAAAGAAAUGGGCCUCUCAGGGCAUUGUCACAACCGACAGUCCAUCCUUCAGAGGCACAUGCAGCACUUCACUACUGCUCCAGCUAUGUGUGUUGGCCUCCCCCAGGGUCCAUUGGAUAUGAGCCGCAGCGUUGGGGUAGAUGAGGAAGAUAAGUGAAGCGCUUCUUUACCCAGACACGCUGGAUUGUCCUUGUUCCUUCAUUUUUAUUGUAAGAUUUAACAUUUCCCUCUGAAAACCCUCCUUUUCUAAUCCUUAGUCUUUGUUUUAAGGAAAGCUACUUUUUCUUCUACCACAUUUCCCAGCACCAACUUUAAGAAAAGUGCAACAUCCAUGAAAAAAAAAAAAAGGGGGUAUAUGCAUGUGGUUUAAUUCCAAAUUGCUUUUGGGUUUAAGUGGUAUCAAAUUUCAGUAUAUUUCUGUCUUAUGUUAAAGAAAUAUAUUACUAAAACGUCAGUGAGCAAUAAUGUCAGCUGUCGAGCACUAGAUUUAUUUUUGCAGGAUAUGGAGUGCAAUGAACUGAGUCAAUAUGGUGAGGUGUAUGUGAUCUGUGGAGUUACGCCAUUUAACAUAGGAAAUGCACGGGACUUUCCCUCUCUGCACUCCAGCUCUUAUUGUAGAAUCAGAAGACGCAGGAUUCUGCUGGCGUGCACACAGUGUGCCCAUAAAGUCAUGUGGAAUGGACCUGAAGAAAGCAGCAGUGUCUGUUGUAUUAGGGAACAUUUCUAUGUGUCUAAACUUUUCACUUCUGAGAUGCAUUUAAAUUCUUAGUGAAAACGAUGUAGCAAUUUGAAAACCUCUCCACAUUAAUUGUGUUCAAAAUGUCUUGCUUUAAAUACAACAAAUGAUGAAGGGGAUUAUUGUUUGUUUUGAAGGUCAAGUAUUAUUUUUACCUUAGAUAGCUUUGUAAUAAUUUUUCUCCAGACAGUUCAAAACUUUUGAAAAAUGACAUGAAACUUUCAUUAAAAACUCUGUUCCUAUGUUUAUUGUAUACAGAAAUUAUGCAAUAAAAUUUCUUUAUAAAAAUG